CAGAUCGCGCGAUAUAAACCCGACGGGCGGCACGAACGGCCGCGCAAAAUACAAGCGUUCCCGCCGCGACAGCAUACACACACGGUUCUGUCCGCGCGUUUUCACCGCCGCACCGAACAGCGAAAGUUUCCGCCGUCAAACGCUCGACGAAAGUGAUCGCGUUAAAUUUUAAUUUCCUGUUCGCACGUCGAAACCCAUCGGAUUCGCGAGGAAGAUCGAAAGGCACGGAAACGAGUCGCGACGCAUCGGCUUAACCGGUUAGCGAACAUGCCCAUCUCAGACUUCAGGAAAAAGAAACUGCUCUACGUCUUCAACGUAUUCUUCGAUGUCAAUCAGAGCGGCACUAUCGAUAGGAAAGAUUUCGAAUUGGCCAUCGAGAAAAUAUGCUCGCUGAGAGGCUGGCCCCAGGGCAGCGAGCAAUACAAGAGGACCUUCGACAGCAUGAUCCAGAUCUGGGACGGUUUGAGACAAAGGGCCGAUUCAAACAAAGACGGGCAGGUGAGCGUCGAAGAAUGGGCGUCUAUGUGGGACGACUAUUCGAAAAGUCCCGAGAACGCGCUCGAGUGGCAGACGCAGUACCAACGUUUCAUGUUCGAUCUGGAGGACGCCAGCGGCGACGGCACCAUCGACAUUGACGAGUUCACGAGCGUGUGUUCGUGUUACGGCCUGGAGGCGAAGGAAUGCAGGGAGGCCUUCGUCAAAAUGUCGGGGGGCCAAAAGGAGGUGAACUUCGAGCAGUUCAAGCAGCUGUGGAAGCAGUUCUUCGUGUCGGAGAACCCGUCCGAGCCUGGCAACUUUAUCUUCGGCAAGACAAAAUUUUAAGACUCCUCCCCCGUGUCGUCCCGCGCACGCACACACAUAUCCUAUCGUCUACGUAGAAUGGCAUGUUGAAUGUGACCAUAAAAAAUAUAUAAGCGUUGGUGGCGGUG